AUGUUGGAGGAAGAAGAAGCCGUCGACUACGGCGAGGACGAGCUUUUGGCGCCGACGCACGCCCAGAACGAGGUGCAACUCACGCUCGAUGGCGACGAUACGCCCGCGGAUACGGAUGCUGACGCAACGCCUGACGACGUAAAGUCAGCACCCACACCAGCCGCUGUGGAGGUAGCUGCCGAGGCGAGCAAAGACGAGCGGCAAGCAGACGCGAAAGAGCCCUCCUCAGCGCCCGAGCGGCCGGCUGCGUCGAGUGGCAAGAGCGAGAGCCGUUCGAACGGCGCGGGCAACAAGACGGAUGGAUCGCGACGUGAAUCGCACAAGGAGGGGCUGCCGGCUGGAUGGCGCGAGAUUGCGUCGCGCUCGGGUGAUGGCGAGGUGUACUACUACAACGAACGCACGGGCGAGAGCAGCUGGCAAAGACCGGGCGCGGCUCGCACUCAGCCUUCUGCAUCAACGCCAAAGCCAAAGAAGAAGAACAAGAAGAAGAACAAGCGUGCACGUGAAGCCGCACAGGCCGCGCAAGCACCGAACGGCAAACCAGACGCAAAGGUUGCGGCGGGUGAUGCCAAGGACGCGGCGGCACAGGGGUUGAGCAUCAAAGGUGCGGCGCAGCGCAAAGCCGAACCAUCCCAACCCAAGCCGGACACGAGCAAGAAUGGCAAACGCAAGCGUGAAGAACGAAGCGAUGUCGGAUCCAAGCCCAAAGCCAACGAGUCCAAGGCCAACGGCGUCGGCAGUGGAACGAAAGCGUCGGUGGAGAAGCGGCCUCGUGCAGAUGAACGCCGGGACGUGCGUGCGGAGGAGCGUCGAGAAGCGCGUUCGAAUGAUGUCCGACGCACCGGCGAUUCUUGGCGACCCAGCACCGACAGCUCUGCACGCUCUCGACCCGACCAACGCGCGCGCGACGAAUCCAGACGACCGGAUGCGCGCGACCACCGUCGAGACAGUCGAGACACUCGAGACACGCGCGAGCGAGACUACGCCCGCCACGACCGAGAGCGAGACCAGGCAUCUUCGCAUCGCAACGCUAGCUCCAUCAACUCGACACACGCACAGCACAAACGUCAGUGGGGAACGGUUUCGUCGAAAUAA